AUUCUAUAGUAUAGAACGCGAAUCAAGCGACUUGCAUUUUUUUUUAUUGAAUAGGAUAUCAAAAUGACUGAUCACAUAUUCAUAGAAGCAAACAAUUAUUUCAUGAAUGGGGACCUUAGGAUGGCUGAAAUUAAAUAUUCAAGCUUCAUUGAUGAUUCGCUUCACCGUUUAGCUACCUUAGAACGUGAAGAUAAUGAGUUAUUAUUGAAAGUAGCGUCAGCCUUGAACAACCGAGGUCAGAUUAAAUACAGAAGAGUUGACUUUGAUGAUGCCAUUGAGGAUUAUACAUUGGCAUUACAACACAAACCAGACUUUAGUGUUGCAUUCUACAAUAGGGGUCAAAUCCAUUACAGGCUAGGUCGUUUCCAAGAAGGCAUCUCAGAUUUCCAGAAAGCUCUUGCAAUCCAACCAGACUUUCCUGACUGUAGCCUUGCUCUUCAAACCGCUCAGGCAGACAUGAAAGAGAAGAGAAGUCAAGCAUUGUCUAGUUCAUGACACUCCCUGUUCAGGCCGAAGGGAGAGUAGACAGUAAUUUGGAUCUGCCUGGCAUGGAAGCAAGGGAUUAUAAACUCUUUUGCAGAACAAAUGAGUGAGAAUAGAGAGGUUUUAAUGAGAGCAUAUGAGAAAAUCCGAUAGUAGGCAGAGUAUUUUACUAUAUUUUAUGGAAAAAAUAAUGGAGCUAAUGGAGAGAAAACUAGAAAAAUUAGUUCAGAUCUCACAGAGAGGAGAAAGAUGAGGGAGAGAGAGAAAAGGAUGGUGGAUAUGGUGACAUAGGGGGGGGGGGUAGGGGAGUGAGUGUGAUAAAGAGGGGUGGAAGAUUUAACUAAAGAGGGGAGAGAGAGAGAGCAGAUAAAUCUUGAGAGAAAGAUUUCACUAAUUGGAAGAAUUGAUAAAAUGAUAACCAAGUUGUGCAUAUUUAUUUAUACAUAAAUUUUAUAUUACUAUAUUUUCUCAUGUUCAUUACUUUAAAAAAUAUACAUAUUUCUAAAUGCAUUUGUAUUUAACAUCUCUUACAAAGAGAAUCCUAUUUGUGUACCAAAGUAUUAUAAAGUAAGUUAUAUAUUUGUCAAAAGUUGUUUGUAUUGAUUACUUUAUUUUUUCAGAUGACUACAAAAAUACUAUUUGACUAAAUAAGGAAACAAUACAUAAGUGAUAUGUAUUUCCAUUAUGUAUAUGACAGUAAUAACAUUACUAUGAAUCUUUUAUUUACUCUUUCGUUAUGUAGAGCAGUAGAAUUAGUAAAAUCAUGAACUGAAAUAUUAUGUAACUUUUAUAUUACAAGUACAACCUUGAUCCCAAAUACUGUAUCUCUAAGACCUGAUCACACUCAGAUCCUCCUCUUCUUUCAGAUCCAUUUGUUAAUCCUUUUUCUUUUUUUAGGACAAGAUAUUUGAGCUGUUUUAUUUUUUUUUACUCUAAUUUUUGACAAAAUAGAAUAUGUUGAAAUAAAAACAUAUUGUAAGUCC